CGUUGGCUAAUCCGGUGACGGGCUGCCUGAAUGCCCAAUGGCGGCCCCGCGGGGGCGGGCCGAGCCGGUGCCAGGGCCGCCGGGCCCCGGAAGCAGUAGCGGGGGCGCGGCCCGGGCAACCGCGGGCGUCCGUGACUGCGGCGACCGGGUGGCGGCCCCGGUGCACUGAGCCAUGGCAGGAGCUAUGGUGCGCAUUGGUGACCAGCUCAUCCUGGAAGAAGAUUUCGAUGAGACGUACAUUCCCAGCAACCAAGAAAUCCAAGAUUUUGCACGGGAGAUCGGGAUUGACCCUGAGAAGGAACCAGAGCUGAUAUGGCUGGCCAGGGAAGGCAUCGUGGCCCCGUUACCACCUGAGUGGAAGCCCUGCCAAGACACUACUGGUGAUAUCUAUUACUUCAACUUCGCUAAUGGCCAGUCCACGUGGGACCACCCCUGUGAUGAUCACUACCGAGAGCUCGUCAUUCGGGAGCGAGAGAAACUGCUGGCACGUGGCAGCUUGAAAAAGAAAGAGAAGAAGAAGAAAGAAAAGAAAGACAAGAAAGAGAAGAAAGACAAGAAGGAGAAGCAGUCACUGAAGCGACCCCCUGAAAUGCAGCCAGGGAUUCUCCCUUCAAGGUUCUUCUGUGAAAUGCCCUCUGCCAUCCUGCCCCAUGGGCAGAGGAGUCCCGAGUCAGAUCCAGAUAGCCAGAUUACAGGUGAAGGCUGCCCUGAUGAAGGCAGAGGGAGACCAGCAGACAUAAGUGAUUCAAGGAGAUUAUUUGCAGGCAUGCAGCCGAACAAACUGCAUUCCCUAUUUGAGUCAAAGUUUGGCAGACUAUGCCAGACCUUAACUCAUGUGGAGAAAAGUUUAGAAAAAGGCCCCUCUUCUGUCAGCUCUGAUGUAGACAUCUACCAGGACCAAGAUACGUCUUCAGAAAUGCCAGAAAAGCUUUGUUGUGACUCCUCUGACUCACAGUCUGAUGAUUUAGAGGUUAGACCACCAGUGCAACCUUUGUGUGUGUCAAAGAAAUCCUGUUCACAAGUCUUUAAGAAUGUCAGCGCUCUACUAGAGGCCAUUGAAGACAAAAUCCUACUCUUUGAGGAUGAAGAGCCAAAAGAAAAGUGGAAGAUGAAAGAUGUGAUGGAUAAGUGUGUCCGUAAGCCUGAUCAUCAAUUCACAGUCAGAGAGAAAUCUACAGUAUUGAAUGGGCACAUGGAAAGAAAUCCAGGUGUGUUGCAAGCCAAGAGUGAUGAGACCAUCAGCAGACCCGAGGGAAAGGUUUUAAAGCAGACAGGAAUAGAGGCAGAUACAGAAGUACAAGGAGCAAAGUCCUCAGGCACCCUGCUAGCACCCAUCCAGGUGCCCCUGGGGAACCUCGCUCCACUGCGUGGCCCUGUGGCAUCUCCAGCCAGCAUCCUUCGUGGGUCACUGAACGUGGACGUGGGGAGCUUGGUGGACUCCAGCCUUGUGGCCAAAGGAGGAAUGCAGCCCGCAGAGACCUAUAAGCACACCAGCCAGACCAAGAAGUUAACAGGCUUGGUCUGUGAAGAGAAGAGUUCCUUGAACAUGGCAGCUCUAGAUAAAGGGAGAAACGAAGAGGAGGAAAGUGAAAAUGAGAGUCUCCAUGGGACAGCAAGACUGUUCAAAAACCUGCACAUGGAUGUCAGCGCCCUGGGAGGCAGCUUUGACUCUGAGGAGAACAGCAAAGCAGAGGAGGAAGACUGUGGCAGCCAGUUAGCUGAUGUUGCUGAAGCUGAUCUCCAGCACCGAAGGAGUCCUGAUGAGGAAGCUGGCAGCCUGAGAGAGAAGGAGUCUUUAAAAUCAAGACAUGCUGAAGAAGGGCAAGAGUAUUCCUUAGAUUCUGAUGCGGCAUGCCCUCCAACUCCAGUUCAAGUCCUUCCUGGAGAUGCUGACAGUAGCCUGUCUGGCCAGAACAAGGAGGAGUCCAAUGGGAAACUUGCUGGGAAUGUACCAGGCAAGCAAGAUGCUGAGGUGGAAGGUGACAUCUCUGCAGCUGAUGAGCUGCCGCUGUCUCUGGAGGAACGGAGCGCAGGAGGGACAGAUGUGCCCAGCGGUCCUGGGCAACCUGGAGUUGCACCUCCAGCUGCUGAGGCAGAUCAGCUGGCAAGCCUGGCUGCCACCAUCGACACUGUGUCUGCUGGCGAAAAGAUAGUGAAUGAAAUGAGAGAAGAAGCAGCAGCUGAUCUGAAAACAGACAGCAGGCUGGAUGCUGGCAAACUUUCGAAGGCAUCCGAGACCAGCGACUCUGGGGAGGACUUGCAAGUCUCUGACCACUCAGACCAUGAGCUGGUUCGGCCUAUGGACUUGGGCUUCCAGACUGGGCUUUCUGAGCAGGUACUGGAUGUGGAGGUUCUGUCUCCUGCUUUGGACAGCCCCACCUGCAAGGCCCAGGAGCUGGGAGAAGAGGAAAAAGACGAAAGCAAAGCCAGUGUAGAGGAAGAGCAAAGCAAAAGAACAAAAGCUGCUGAGAGUGAGAGGGAUCAAAGUGCUUGUGAAACACCAGAAGAGAAGUGUUUUGCUUUAGAAAAUCCCAAUCAGGAGGAGGCCGUGGCCCAGGAGCCGGAGGAGGAGGGAUCGCUGGAUAGCCUAAUGAAUCUGGAGGAGCUUGCUGCCCUGCAGAAAUCGCAACCUGAGAAGGAAAUUGAAUGUGAGCUGUCCUUGAACCAGCCUAGUGAAGAAUCCCUGGAGGAAAUAGCCAAGGAGCUGGAGACUGAGCUCAAGCAAGAGAAAAUGCAUUUAUUGCAAGCGGAGAAGGAGAAAAUUCAGCAAUUCCAGGAGGACGUGAGGCAGCUGGAGGAGGAGGAAGCUGAGAAGCUUCAUCAGCAAAAGGAAGAAUCCCUCAGGACUCUAAAAGAAGAUUUGGCAAAGGUUUCUGAGGAGGAAGAGUUGCGUGUCAGAAAGGAAGAAACUGAGAGACUCUCAAAGCUGCAAGCCAGAAUCGCCUUGGAGAUCGAGGCAGAGGAGGAGAAGCUAAGGGCAGAGCAAGAGGUUACGCUGCAGAAACUAAGAGAAAAGUGGGAAAUCCAGCAGGUAACGGAGAAGGAGAGCCUGGAGAAGAAGCAGCAGCUUGUUUUGGAGAAAAUGAAGCUGGAAAUCGAGGAAGCUCAGCAGAAAGAGAUGACAGAGCUGGAACAAGAGAAGGAACGAUUUCUGAGUGAGCUCAAGGAGAGAUUAGACAGGGAAAAGAAGAAGGCAGUAGAUGAGCUAGAGGAACAGUUUGCAAAUGAACUCCAGCAGCUGAAAUCUGCAGCAGAAGAGAAGCAUCAUAAGGUCAUUUCCAGCCUGCAAACCCAGAUAGCAGAGGCGCAGAGGAGCGAGGAGGCUCAGCUGCGUGAAGACUUGCAGAGAGCGGAACAGAAAGUGCAGCAAAAAGCAUUUCGAGUGACAGAAUAUGAACAUGAGCUCAGUGAGCUUAUGAGAGAGAAACGGCAGGAAGUGGAAAAAGACCAUGAGAGGAAAAUGGAGAGGAUGAGAGAGGAGCACCGGGAGGUCCUAGCACGGAUUCAGGAUCAGUAUGAGGAGGAGGAGAGAAAGCAAAGAGCAGAGCUGCUCGAAGGCCUGCGGAGUGAGAUGGUGCGUCUCCGACAGCUUCAUGAAGCAGAGUUGAAAGCUCUGCGGGCGGAGCUGGAUGAGCGACUUACUGCAUUGCAGAACAGGCACAGGGAGAAGGAAAGAAAACUCCAGGACUCGGAAAAUGAGCUUGAAAUGCGCACAAAGAACAUCAAAGCCAGAUCAGCGCAGCUCCUUAGUCAGGAGGAGUCUCUGAGAAAGAAAAGGCAGCAGCUGCUGGAUGAAGACAGACGGAUUAAGCUGGAAAGAGAUGAAGCUGCUUUAGUUUCUCAGCUGCGCCUAGAGGAGAACAGGAAGGAGCACACCAACCUCCUUGAGUCCAUUCAGCAACGGCGUAGGUCUCUUGAAGAGCUCCAGGACCAGAAAGUCGAGCUGGAGGCCCAGGUGGACUUGUUGCGGACCCAAAGCCAGAGGCUGCAGAAGCACGUCAGUGAGCUGGAGGCAGCUGUCAGGAGCAAAGAGGAGACUUUGAAAGAACUGGAGGCAGAGGAAGGUGUGGAAUGUCCAAGAAGGAAAGCUGAGCUCCACGUUGAAGACCUGAGAGAAACUAUUCAAGCUCACUCGUCCAGAGAGCCUGCUUCCCCACCCAGUCAGAGCCACAAGGACAGUGACAUCCAAUUGGAUCAUGUCAGGAGCUACAUCUCCGCAGAAGGAAUCUCCAUCAGGAAUGCCAAGGAGUUCCUGGUGCGCCAGACCCGCUCAGUGAGGAAGAGGCACACGGCACUGAAAGCUGCAAAGCAGCAGUGGCGCCAAGAUAUGCAGAAAGCACAGGAGGUGGUGCAGGAUCCCGACAGCUCGCAGCUCCUGGAGGGCAUGCGCAAGAACCUGGAAGAGGAGGCAAAGCAGUUGGACAAGAUGAAGUCAGCUAUGCGGAAAGGACAGGUGCUGCUGAAGAAGAAAGAAGAGAAACUAAGCCAGCUGGAGUCCUCACUGCUGGAGGAGAUUUCGGAUGAAGAUACGCUGAAGAGUGCUGCAUGCAAGAAAAUGGUGACUUUUGAUCUCAGCAACUCUGAGGACACAAACAGCACAUCCAGUAUAAAUCUACAUCAGCCAAAAUUUGAUCUGAGAACAGAUUUAUGGCCUGUCCCCCAGCUGGACAAGAUCCAGUACUUGAAAGAUUCUCUGCAGCGUAUCACUAGUGAACUGAAUGGGGUCCUUGGCUUCUUGGGCUCUCUGAACAAUCACCAGUCUCCACUCUUCACCUCAACGCCCUGCAAUGAUGUCCCUCUUUCUACAUAUGCCUCCUUGGCAGGGCUGCAGGCACGUGGCUCCUUGGUGCCCCCUGCCAGGGCAUCUCUGGUGGACCAGUGGGCCUGGAGCACUGGGCUGAGCUCUAGUCACUCUUCCGCAGCUGAACAGUCAGUGGACAGCAUCCUGGUAGAGAAAUGGCACAAGUAUUUCCCAGGUGGAUUCCCGUUGCUCAGUGGAAAUUUCAAGCCUCUGGACAACAAGCUGGGCUACGUGCCUGCAGAUGAGCAAAUACGGCUGUUCCAGCACUCCCAGUUCCAGAACCAUGGGUCGGAGAAGAUGAGUAUUCAAGGAAUGAUUGAGACCAACAAGAAAUGGCUAGAAGACUUCAAGAAGGAUUCCAAAGUACCUCUCUUCCCAGGCACACAGAAGCCCCCUGCCAGCAGCCCCAGCCUACUUCAGCUGGGACUGGAUGAAAACAGACAAAUUAAGGUGUAUCGUUACUAAAAGGUGGGGCUCUGCUCCGGAGAGAUGGCGGUGGGGGCCCUUGUGGUCUCCCUAAUGGUACAUUGGCUUUCAGUGGUGCCCAGCCAUCUCUGCUGUGUCUUUGUGCUGUGCCCUUGAAAUAAAGUCUCUUUACGAGAGAGUGGAGGAAGGAGGAAGUGAACUUCCCAGGUGGAUUCUUCUAAUCCUGUGAUGUGUCCAAAUAUGCUUUAUAGACUGUUUAAUCCAGUGGUGAAAUAUCAGGGCUUCAAUAAAUCAACAGUUCCCUCAUUAGUAUUCUAGCGA